AUGGAACUCUCUGAUAUCUUCCGCAUUGUGAACCUGGCCGUGGCGGGCAUCACCGUUCUGGGAGGCGUUUUCCACAUCUUCCCAUUUGGCCCCCAAAACUUCAUCAUUGGUCUCUAUAUGAUUGUAUUUGGUCUCUCUAUCGCACUUCUGGAGUUCCAAAUCCCCCCGCAGGUUUCAAGAUACGCCAACUUCCUCUUUUCCUUUAUUGGCCGUGGUAUCUUCUAUAUCCUUCUCGGAGGCCUUCUUCUUGGCGAACACCUCAUUAGCAACAUUGCUGGUGGUGCUGUUGGUAUCAUCGGUAUCGGCUACGUCGCCCUCGAGUUCAUUCCCUCGAUCGAACCCCCGAGCAACAUGCGAGAGGCUGACGUCGGCUGGGGUGCCGAGCAAGUCUAA